AUGGAAAUGCGUGACAUACGGUUUUGUCAUGUUAUUAUUUCUUUGCAAAAGUUGUUUUUGAUGUGUUUUUAUACUUGUAUUUCGUGGAAACACAAUAUAAUAGAUAAAUGGCGGCUUUUGAAAGAGUAAGCUCUACCUUCGUAAAACCACUUAAGUUUAAUGAGCCUAUAGACAUAAGAAGGUUUCGAUUGCCUUCUUUAAGACCUGUGGAUGAUGAUUACAAUCCUCGAGAUCACAGGAAUCCUGCAAAACCAAUUAAACCAUGGAUGGCGUAUUUCAAUGUGUUGCGGACUCUGCUGGGCCCUGGCAUGUUGAUCAUGCCUCUCGCCAUUGCUCAAGCUGGGCUGAUUCUAGGACCAAUAAUAGCAUUGAUAUAUGGAUGUGUACUUGCACAUACACAUAUAAUGUUGUUAAACUGCUUGAAUGAAAUUGCUCGGCAGGUAAAAAUACCAUAUAUAUCAUAUAGAUACGGGUUCCGUUUAGCAAUACUUCAUGGCCCACCUUUCUUACAUUGGAUAGGAACAAAUGGUCCUACAAUCAUAGCAGUUUUUAUGAUCUGCAGCCAGCUUGGAGUAUGCACUAUUUUUGUUAUAUUGACUUCAGAUAGUUUGCGAGAUUUAAUGGAUUUUCAAAGUAACAAUACUGCUCUUUUGGCGCUGCUUAUUCCCUAUUUACUAAUGGAACUCUUAAUGAAGAAUGUGAAGGUUAUCAGCUACGUGUCCCUUAUCGGUACCCUAAUGAACGCAAUCGGAUUGGUUCUAGUGUAUUACCAGUGCUUUUCCGACCCGGCGAGGGUGUACAAAUAUGCGGCUGCUGAUUUUAUGCCUAUCAUGUAUGCUUGUGGAGCAUAUCUGUGUAAUCUAAGCGCCAUUGGUGUGAUGUUGUCAGUGGACAAAAUGUUGAAGAAUCCACGACUGAUGAUGGGUAAAACUGGCGUGAUACCUGUAAGCAUGUCUGUGGCUACCUUUACGUGUAUGUCAGUCGGUGCUCUGGGCUACUGGUCUUUUGGCAGCAUGGAGGAAAAUGUACUCCGGGUUUUGCCGCUCGAUGAAGUAACUGCCUUGAUAAUUCUGGCGGUAUACCUAGUGUCUGUUGCGUUCGCUUUCCCUAUCCAGUGCUACCCGGCCAUAGGAGUGGUAAUCGAGGUGUUGAAGUACCAUGACCCCCUGAAUUCACCGUCACCCAAGACACUCAAACGAGUAGAAGUAUUGGGCCGCCCUAUUUUUGUCUUGAUGACGUUUACGAUCAGCUACUUUAUCCCGUUCCAAGCACCCGUGGUGGCAUUUGUGGGGAACCUAUGCGCUUCAAUGAUGUCGCUAGUCUUUCCCGCUCUUAUGGACACCUGCCUUCGCUACCCUAACAACUACGGCCAUCAGGGAUGGCGUUUCGUGAAGAACAUGAUCAUCAUCACGUUUGGUCUCGUCGAUUGGGUUUUUGGGGCACUCAUUUGUGGCUACAUUAUCAGUGUAAGAGUUAUUUCGAGAGCAUCCCCGAACGCAAAAGGUGGUUUUUGAUGUGCCUCUGUGUUAUGUUGUGACUUUUUGAGAAUAAUAUAAUACCUAAGCAUUA